AUGAGAAGAUACUUUUCUCGAGGCAUAGCAACGGACAGCGUGAACGUGGCAAACCAGUUUGCAGAAGCCGGCGACGUGCAGAAAGUACGAGAGUUGCUGGAGCCACUCUUGACGGGCGGGGCGAAGCCUUUCUUGUUCAACAUCGUGCUGAAGGCUUAUGCCAAUGCCGCUGAUCUGCUGGGAGCAGAGGCCUGGUACCGGCGGAUGCUUUCGUCGAAAGUGAGUCCCAAUGUCAAGACUUUCGGAAAGCUCUGCAAAAGCGCCGCGAAGGCUCGUGAGCCUCUAAGUGCCGAGCGAUGGUUCUUCCGGGCUGCAGAGCGAUUGCCGGUGUCCUCAGUGCAGUUGGGCACGCUUCUGGACGCUUGCAAAGAGGAUCCUCAACGAGGGGAGUCUUGGCUUCGCCGAAAAGAGCUUCUGAAUCUGGAUCUCCCUAAGAGCUCCGAAGCUUCGAAGUCUGCGGCUUACGGGGCUUCCGUGGCAGCCUGGGCCAAGGCUGGCGACUUGCGGAGCGCAGAAAUGGCAUUUCAUCGGGCUGUGCGUGAAGGUGGUGUCAGCUCGCGGCUUUGGGCUAUCUUAUUAGAUGCAUACUCGAAGAGCAGCGCCACCGAGAAGGCUGCAGAAUGGUUCCAAGCUGGAAUUGAGAUGCAGCUCAAGCCUUGCGCCGUGAGCUACACAUCUGUUAUGGAUGCUUUCGCUCGAACCAGAGACAGUCCCGCUGCCGAGAAGUGGAUGCUGGCACUGAUUCGGGACGGCAUCCGAUUGGAAAACCCGCCAUGCGUGGUCCUUCUGGGAUCCUGGGCAAAGAUGGCAGAAGUUGAGCGUGUGGAAGCUUGGAUGGGGCGAAUGCAAGCUGCAAAGGUGCAGUUGGACAUAAUGGCACACACGGCUCUCAUAUCGGCUUGCGCUGCGGCUGGAGACGCCGAAAAGGCGGAAGCGGUGCUUCAAGAGCUCUGCACUGCUGGACUUGAGCCGGAUGUGGUUCCUCAUACGGCCGUGGUCCAGGCUCACCUGAGGUCGCAUCAUCCGGAACGCCUCGCUCGUGCCUGCAACGCCAUGGAGCGGAUGAUGGGCGAUGGGAUUGCACCAAAUGCGCUGAGCUUCGGGCUCCUGAUUGGAGGCUUUGCAUCCGAAGGCCACACAGCUGAAGCAGAGGACUGGUAUGCAAGAAUGAGGUGGAAUAUCAGAGAUGCAGACCUUGUGGCACACAAUGCCGUAAUCAAUGCUGCAACCAGAGCUGGUGAUGCGGUUCGAGCUCAGCUCUGGUGGGAGCGGCUGGAAGCCUGUGAGCUCCUGGCAGAUGCGACGAGCAUGAACACGUUGCUGGACGCCGUGGUGCGCGCUGCUCCGGAGGAGGCUUUGGUCUGCUAUCAGAGCUUGAAAGGUCGGAGUCGGAGAGACAUGGCCUGGCCAACAGAAGUGACAUUUGCCAUCCUCAUGCGCCCCUUCGCCUUAGGAGGGGACCUGAAAAGCGUGGACCGCCUCUGGCAGCAGAUGGUCAGCGAUGGCAUCCGGCCACAGCCCUGCAAUCUCUGGGCAGUCCUCUCUGCUUGUGCCAACUCAAACCCGAUGUUGCCAGACACGGCUGUGCAGCGAUAUCAGGACUGGGUUCAACAGGGCGGCAGCACCGACCGUCAUGUGGUUUCCGCACUCCGCGCCGCUUUGGGCGAGACGAAGCUCAAAAAGACCAAAACAGAUCGUCUUCCUUGCGCAGCUGUCGGAGCCCCUCUUGGCCUAUAUUCACCUAUUGGCGUUGGGGAUUCUCAAAAUAAGCCCUUUCACUACGUAGGGUCGAUGUUUGGGUGGACCCUUAUUCAAAUCUGA